UCUGUACAGUCUGCGGUGGAGAGAACAGUGCUGAGGUCUCUCCAGGUUCCUAUAAGGUGUCAGGACGUGGCGGUCUAUUUCUCCAUGGAGGAGUGGGAGUAUGUAGAAGGACACAAGGAUCAGUACAAGGAUCAGGUGAUGAUGGAGGAUCAGCAGCCCCUCACAUCAGCAGUCAGAUCCAGUAAGAGAACAGCAGCAGAGAGGUGUCCCCGUCCUCUUCUUCCACAGGAUCAGGAUCAGCUUAUGGAUCAGGGUAAAGAUCUGAACUAUAUUAAUGCCACAGACAUAAAGGAAGAAGAGACAUAUGUGAGCAGUGAUGAUCAGUAUAAGGGGGGCAUUCCUACAGGGAAAGAUCUGAACUAUAUUAAUGCUACAGACAUAAAAGAAGAAGUAGAGACAGAUGUGAGCGGUGAUGAGCAAUAUAAGGCGGACAUUCGUACUGGGAAAGAUCUGAACUAUAUUAAUGCCACAGACAUAAAGGAAGAAGAGACAUAUGUGAGCGGUGAUGAUCAGUAUAAGGGGGACAUUCCUACAGGAAAAGAUCUGAUCUAUAUUAAUGCUACAGACAUAAAGGAAGAAGAAGAGACAGAUGUGAGCGGUGAUGAGCAAUAUAAGGCGGACAUUCGUACUGGGAAAGAUCUGAACUAUAUUAAUGCCACAGACAUAAAGGAAGAAGAGACAUAUGUGAGCGGUGAUGAUCAGUAUAAGGAGGACAUUCCUUCAGGGAAAGAUCUGAACUAUAUUAAUGCUACAGACAUAAAAGAAGAAGAGGAGGAGACAGAUGUGAGCGGUGAUGAGCAGUAUAAGGAGGACAUUCCUACAGGGAAAGAUAUGAACUAUAUUAAUACUACAGACAUAAAGGAAGAAGAGACAGAUAUGAGCGGUGAGGAGCAGUAUAAGGAGGGCAUUCCUACUGGGAAAGAUCUGAACUAUAUUAAUGCUACAGACCUAAAGGAAGAAGAAGAAGAGACAGAUGUGAGUGGUGAUGAGCAGUAUAAGCAGGACAUUCCUACAGGUAACUCCCAAGAUUCUUGUACCAGGAGAUCAGAGGAGAAUCUUAUAUCUUCAUAUUAUAAAGCAGAUGAUGAUAUCACACAAGAUACAUAUGAAGAACAUUCCAUUAUCCCAGAUACACCCUCAGCCCUUCACAGACAAGAUCUCUCAUCUGUGAAUGUUAAGUCACAUCUUAUUGAGCAUCAGAGAAUUCACACAGGGAAGAAACUUUUUUCAUGCCAAGAAUGUGGAAAAUGUUUUAUUUUCAAAUCUCAACUUGAUAGACACGUGAGAAAUCACACAGGGGAGAAGCCAUUUUCAUGCCAAGAAUGUGGGAAAUGUUUUACUAUGAAAUCAUAUCUUGCUGACCAUCAGCGGAUUCACACAGGGGAGAAGCCAUUUUCAUGCCAAGAAUGUGGGAAAUGUUUUACUAUGAAAUCAUAUCUAGUUUCACAUGAGAGAACUCACACAGGCGAGAAGCCAUUUUCAUGCCAAGAAUGUGGGAAAUGUUUUACUACAAAAUCAUAUCUUGUUGCACAUCAGAGAAUUCACACAGGGGAGAAACCCUUUCCAUGCUCAGAAUGUGGAAAAUGUUUUAUUCUCAAAUCAGAACUUCAUAACCAUGUGAGAAAUCACACAGGUAAAAAGCCAUUUUCAUGCCAAGAAUGUGGAAAAUGUUUUAUUUUCAAAUCACAGCUUGAUACACAUGUGAGAAGUCACACAGGAGAGAAGCCAUUUUCAUGCAAAGAAUGUGGGAAAUGUUUUACUAUGAAAUCACAUCUUGUUGCACAUCAGAGAAUUCACACAGGGGAAAAGCCCUUUUCAUGCUCAGAAUGUGGAAAAUGUUUUAUUCUCAAAUCAGAACUUGAUAAACAUGUGAGAAAUCACACCGGGGAGAAACCAUUUUCAUGCCAAGAAUGUGGAAAAUGUUUUAUUUUCAAAUCGCUGCUUGCAAGACAUGUGAGAAUUCACACAGGGGAGAAGCCAUUUUCCUGCUCAGAAUGUGGGAAAUGUUUUACUAUCAAAUCACAUCUUGUUCGACAUCACAGAACUCACACAGGGGAGAAGCCAUUUUCAUGCCAAGAAUGUGGAAAAUCUUUUACUAUGAAAUCAUAUCUUGUUGCACAUCAGAUAAUUCACACAGGGGAGAAGCCCUUUUCAUGCUCAGAAUGCGGAAAAAGUUUUAUUCUCAAAUCACAGCUUGAUAGCCAUGUGAGAACUCACACAGGGGAAAAGCCAUUUUCUUGCCAAGAAUGUGGGAAAUGUUUUGCUAUGAAAUCAUAUCUUGUUGGCCAUCAGAGAAUUCACACAGGGGAGAAGCCAUUUUCAUGCUUAGAAUGUGGAAAAUGUUUUGUGGAGAAAGCAAGGCUUGUUGAACAUCAAAGAACUCACACAGGGGAGAAGCCAUUUUCAUGUUCAGAAUGUGGGAAAUGUUUUACUCAGAAAUCAACUCUUGUUGCACAUCAGAGAAUUCACACAGGAGAGAAGCCAUUUUCGUGCAAAGAAUGUGGGGAAUGUUUUGCUGUAAAAUCAAGUCUUGUUUUUCAUUAUAGAAUUCACACCGGGGAGAGGCCAUUUUCAUGUGAGAUAUGUGGUAAAUGUUUUACUCAGAAAUCACAUAGAAUGUGUCGGCAGAUAAGAACCAUUUGGCCCAUCUAGUCUGCCCAAUAAUCUGAAUACUAUCACAGCUUUUUAAGCUGCAAUUGAGAAAGGGGUAACAUAACCAUAAAACGCGUCUUUCUUGUCUGUUCUUAUUUGUAUGCACAAAUAAAUGUGAAUACUUUUACCAUACUGGACUCGAUCUGAAAUUUGAUCUCAGAAGGGCAGCGCCGCUGCAGAACAUCUUUUUCCUUCUUCAGCAACGUUAUCAUAUAGGAAGGAUAGCCUUAUACCUAUCCCAUGCAUGCUUAAACUCCUUCACUGUAUUUUCCACUUCUGCAGGAAGGCUAUUCCAUGUAUCCACUACUCUCUUAGUAAAGUAAUACUUCCUGAUAUUACUUUUAAAACUUUGCCCCUCUAAUUUAAAACUAUGUCCUCUUGUGGUAGUUUUUCUUCUUUUAAAUCUCCUCCUCAUUUUACCGUGUUGAUUCCCUUUAUGUACAUAACUGUUUAAAAGUCUCUAUCAUAUCCCCUCUGUCUCUUCUUUCUUCCAUACAUGUUAAGGUCCUUUAACCUUUCCUGGUAAGUUUUAUCCUGCAAUCCAAGUACUAGUUUAGUAUCUUUUCUGAACUCUCUCUAGAGUAUCUAUAUCCUUCUGGAGAUACGGCCUCCAAUACACACAAUACUCCAAGUGAGGUCUCACCAGUGUUCUGUACAGUGGCAUGAGCACUUCUCUCUACUGCUCAUACCUCUCCCUAUACAUCCAAGCAUUCUGCUAGCAUUUCCUGCUGCUCUAUUACAUUGUCUUCCUACCUUUAAGUCUUCUGAAAUAAUUACUCCUAAAUCCCUUUCCUCAGAUACUGAGGUCAGGACUGUGUCAAAUAUUAUAUAUUCUGCCUGAGGGUUUUUACACCCCAGGUGCAUUAUCUUGCACUUGUCCACAUUAAAUUUCAGUUCCCAGAGUUCUGACCAUUCUUCUAGUUUUCCAAAAUCCUUUUCCAUUUAGCGUAUCCCUCAGGGAACAUCAACCCUGUUACAUAUCUUUGUGUCAUCAGCAAAAAGACCAAUACCUUACCAUCGAGACCUUCUGUAAUAUCACUAAUGAAGAUAUUAAACAAAAUUGGUCCCAGUACAUAUCCCUGAGGUCCCCACUGGUAACAAGACCUUGCUAUGAAUAUUCUCCAUUGACUACAACCCUCUGUUGUUUGUCACUUACCCACUGCCUAAUCCACUCAACAAUAUGGGAGUCCAAGCUCAAUGACUGUAGUUUAUUGAUAAGUCUUCCAUGUGGGACAGUGUCAGAAGCCUUACUAAAAUCUACAUAUACGAUGUCUACUGCCUCCGCCAUCUAUUAUUUUAGUCACCCAGUCAAAAAAAAUCAUUAAGAUUUGUUUGACAUGAUCUCUCUGAAGUAAACCUAUGUUGUUUUUCAUCUUGCAAUUCAUGGGAUUUUAGAUGUUCCAUAAUCUUAUCCUUUAGUAGGGUUUCUAUUAAUUUCCCCACUAUUUGUCAGACUUACUGGCCCAUAGUUGCUUGAUUCCUCCCUACUACCUUUCUUGUGAAUGGGCACGGCAUUUGCUAAUUUUCAAUCUUUCGGGACAACUCCUGUUACCAGUGAUUGGUUAAAUAAAUCUGUUAACGGUUUUGUGUAUCCCAUCAGGCCCCUGUGAUUUGUCUUCACUUCAGACAGCAAACAUAGAGCCUCUUCCUCUAUAAAGACACAUGCAUUAGUCAUCCUCCCAAAUGGAGGUCCUUUUUCUUCUGUAAAAACUGCACAGAAGUAUUCAUUAAGGCAGUCGGCUAGUCCUUUUUACUCUUUUACAUACCUUCCUUCCUUUGUUUUUAAUUUAGUUAUUCCUUGUUUUCAUUUCCUUUUUUCAUUUAUAUAUCUGAAGAAUGUCUUAUCCCCUUUUUCCACAGACUGAGCUAGUUUUUCUUCUGCCUGUGCUUUAGAAGUUCUUAUAACUUGCUUGGCCUCUUUCUGCCUAGUCUUGUAGAUUUCCCUGUCUUCAUUGCUCUGGGUUGUUUUAUAAUUACUAAAUGCUAGCCUUUUGUUUUUUAUGAUUUUGGCCACUUCUGCUGAGUACCACAGUGGUCCGUUUUUCUGCUUUCACUGACAAGUCUAAUGCAAUUUUCUGUUGCCUUCAAUAAUGCGUCUUUAAAGUAGUCCCAGUCUGAUAGGGACUCAUUUAUGACUAACCUCAUUUUUGAAAAGUCUGUUUUUCUAAAAUCUAAAACUUUUGUUUUUGUGUGGUGUGACUCCUUCACUGUUCUUAAAUUAAACCACACUGACUGGUGAUCACUAGAUCCCAAGCUUUCGCCUACAAUAAAAUCAUAUACCAAAUCUCCAUUUGUGAAUACCAAAUCCAAAAUGGCCUCCCUCCGGGUUGGCUCCUCAGCCUCUUGUUGUAGAGAUAAUCCCAGUAGGGAAUUUAGAAUAUCUGUACUCCUGGCUGAACUAGCUAUUUUGGUUUUCCAGUUUAUAUCUGGAAGAUUGAAGUCUCCCAUAAUGAUAACUUCUUUCAUUGUCAUUUUAGCUAUUUCUUCAACUAGAAGAUCAUCUACUUCUUUAAUUUGGCCUGGUGGUCUAUAUAUCACAUCUACACGAGUUACUGCAUGAUUACCAAACUGCAACGUAACCCAAAAUGACUCUGUUGAACAUCAGAGAAUUCACACACAAAAGAAGCUAAUUUCAUGACCAGAAUGUGGGAAAAGUUUGUGUUGUUAAAAAAUAAAAAAAUUUGGCGCAGUAAACGUGUUUGCGUUUUCUUGUGACUUUUCAUCUACCACACGCUCAGUUUGAGUUCACUGGACGGUAAUUUAUGUGAAGUGCGACUUUCAUGAAAAGUUCCAAAAA